CAUACGUGGCGCUGUAGUAGCAACAUGCCGCUGUGAUUUGUGAAUGUGAAGUGGCAAGUAACUGAGAACGAGAGAAGCCUAUGUCACUUACACGAUUGUACAUUAAUAUUCGAUAAAAAAAAUGAGGUGGCUCAUCCUAUACGUGUUCCUGGUCAUCUUCAUCGUCAACGCUCGUUCUUACUUUAUCACCGUGGACGCGCAUGCCGAAGAAUGUUUUUUUGAUAAGGUCGAUUUCGGCACUAAAAUGGGUCUCACGUUUGAGAUAGCAGAGGGUGGAUUCUUAGAUAUAGAUGUAAAGAUAGUUGGUCCCGAUGGGAGAAUAAUUUAUCAAGGUGAACGAGAAAGUAGCGGAAAGUAUACAUUUGCCGCACAUACUGCAGGUGUUUAUACCUACUGCUUUAGUAAUCAAAAGAGUACAAUGACCCCGAAAGUAGUUAUGUUCAAUAUGGAUAUUGAUGAAAAUCGGAAGCAGAACGAUGAAAAUGCUGUUGGGGAAGGUCAGGAAGGAGAUGCUAAUCAUGGAAAAUUAGACGACAUGAUUAAAGAUUUGAGCACUAGCUUAUGGGGUGUAAAAAAUGAACAAGAAUACAUGCAGGUUCGCGAUCGGAAUCACAGAGCGAUUAACGAAAGUACGAAUUUCCGAGUUGUAGUGUGGGCAUUUUUCGAAGCCAUGGUAUUGGUAUGUGUGACAGUAGGGCAAAUCUUUUAUCUGAAGAGAUUUUUUGAAGUGCGAAGAAUUGUGUAAUUUAGAAUACCUAAUGAUCACUUCGUGAAUCAAUUGUACAUUUUUCUAUGUAAUUAAAUUAUAUAUCUCAUUACAAUAAGUCAUCUUUGCAGUAAA